AUGACUACUAUGGUGGUAUGUUUUGGGUCUGUCAGCUCCAUCAAGGCCCUCUGGGAAACCAGGAUCAAGAAAAGUAAAGAGGAUUUGCAUAGACAGACUCACCAGGAGAAAGGUACCAUAUGUAGGUUGGCCCAUGUAUGGGAAGACCGCAUUGUCUUGGCGAAGUUAAAUGAGAAGGUUGUGACGGAAGAUGGUCGGGUCAUUCUAAGGAUUGAGAAAGAAGAGUGGAAGGUUUUACCUCCAGCAUUGGUCCAGCUAACCCAGGUGCAGGAAUGGCAGAUCCACCGGAGUGGACUACAAAAUAUCCCUGAUUUCAUCUCGAGUUUUGACAGUCUGCUUGUCCUUGACCUUUCCCGCAAUGCCAUCACAGAGAUUCCGAGACAGAUUGGGAAGCUGAGACAGUUGAGAGAGCUGCUGGUCAGCUAUAACAGAUUAAAAACGAUCCCUGAAGAGUUGGGAUGUUGUGAGAAUCUUGAGAAACUGGAGCUGGCGAUGAACAGAAACCUCAGUGAUCUUCCCAUUCAGCUUCGGAACCUGAGGAAGCUCCACCACUUGGACUUGUCUAUGAACCAGUUCACUGACAUCCCAGACUGCGUAGUAAGCAUGCCAGCAUUAGAGUGGUUAGACAUGGGAGGAAACAGGCUGCAGUGUUUACCAGAGGACAUCCACAGGAUGGAGAAACUUCACACACUGUGGCUGCAGAGGAAUGAACUGGAGUAUCUACCUGAUAACAUCAGCCUCGUGCCAUGUCUGGAAACACUGGUGCUCAGCAGCAACAAGCUCAGAGACAUCCCCCCCGCCAUGGAAAAUAUGGUCAAUCUGAGAUUUGUGAAUUUCCGGGACAAUCCUCUAACAUUUGACGUGGAACUGCCAGGCCAGGGGGCCGGUGAAGAUGAGGACGACAGGGAGAUGUUUGGACGGGAGUUCAUGUACACCUACAUCCAAGAGGCCCGCAAGAGAGCCUACGCUCUGCUCCACGUGUGCUGUGUCAGUAAUAAGUAG